ACUUCACUUCACAGAAGAAGGGGAUAAUCACUAAUCAGUGAGAAAUGGCGACGGUGAUGCAGUGGUGCGGCGCAGUAGCGAGGAGGGGGAUGGUGGGUCAGAGAUCAGCGUUAUUCUCAACAUCAUCAGAAACAUCAGUAUCAAGCGGUGCAGCAGCGAUGGCGCCAAACCUUUGUGGAAGAGGGGACAAGAAAACGAAGAGAGGGAAAAGAUUUAAAGGAACGUAUGGAAACGCGAGGCCAAAGAAGGAGAAGAAGAUUGAAAGAAUUAAAGAUAAAGUUGAGGUGCCCAGGUCCACCCCUUGGCCUCUCCCUUUCAAGCUCAUUUAAUAAAAAUUAUAUAAAUUGUUAUUUCUAGCAGCUGCCCCCCUUUUCUUUUCAGGAUUUGAGGUAGUUAGCAUCGUGUACAUUGGAUGUGGGCUUUUGAUGAAAUUGUGUUUUGUAGUGUUUUUUCCAGAAAAAAAAAUAUGUUUCUUUUGAGUUCGGUUCAAA